AUGGUUGUUGUAGACCACCAUGAGUAUCUCUGUGAAGAAGAGAAGCGGCUGAAGGAGGACCGCGAGCGCACGAAAUACUGGAAGAAAUGGGGCCCUUACGUGGCUGAACGUCAAUGGGCCACCGUGCGGGAGGACUACUCGGACAAUGGCGACGCCUGGAGUCAUUUCUCUCACGAUCAAGCCAGGUCUAGAGCAUAUCGUUGGGGUGAAGACGGUAUCGCUGGAGUGUCGGAUACUCAUGGCCUCCAGAACAUCGCCUUCGCCUUUUGGAAUGAGAAGGACGACUUUUUGAAGGAGAGGCUCUUCGGCCUGAGCAACCCUCAGGGCAACCACGGUGAAAGUCUCAAGGAGGCGCACUUCCAUUUGGACAAUGUGCCUACGCAUUCAUACAUGAAAUACCUCUACAAGCUCCCCCAGAGACGGUUUCCCUACGAACAGUUGAUCCAAGAAAAUGCGAAACGUGGUAAGCUUGAGCGCGAGUUCAAUAUCAUCGACUCGGACGCUUUCAAAGACAAUCGCUACUUUGACAUCUUUAUCGAGACUGCUAAAGAGACGGACGACCCUGAAGAGUUGCUGUUCCGGGUCACUGCGUAUAACCGGGGCCCGGAACCUGCUCCUUUACAUAUCAUCCCUCACAUGUGGUUCCGGAACACAUGGUCUUGGGGCCAUGAGCCUGAAAAGCUCAAACCCAAUAUCCGCAUGGUGGGACCAAUGACUGCGCAAUCCAAACACCACAAGCUGGGCCAUCGCUUCUUCCAGCUGUCUCCAUCACCAGGUUGUGGCCCGGAUGCUGAUGAUGUCCAUCCACAACUUAUGUUCACAGAAAAUGACACCAAUCUUCAAAAGCUCUACGGCGUCAAGAACAAGCAACCAUACGUCAAGGACGCUUUCCACCGGUGGAUCGUCGACGAGGAGAAGGGAGCCAUCAAUCCUCGCUGCUCGGGCACCAAAUGCGCUGCGUGGUAUGAUUUUGGGCAAGGCGACGGAGUCCCUCCUGGAGAGUGCGCUGUCGUCAGGUUCCGUCUGUCGCGUAAAUACGAUGGCUACCUCAACGAAGAGCUUUUGGACGACAUCAUCGAACAACGACGACAAGAAGCCGACGAAUUCUACUACAGAAUUAGCCCUCUUCCGAUGGCAGAGGAUUUGAGAAAUAUCCAGCGCCAGGCUCUUGCCGGCAUGCUCUGGUGCAAACAGCACUAUUACUUCAUCUGGGACCAGUGGGCGAACGGCGACCCCAAUAUGCCACCUCCUCCGGAGAAUCGCAAGAAUAUCCGGAAUCAGCAUUGGAAGCACAUGUACCUCGACGACAUUCUUUCGAUGCCGGACUCGUGGGAGUAUCCGUUUUUCGCGGCGUGGGACUCGGCUUUCCAUUGCAUUCCUCUUGCCAUGGUCGAUCCGGAGUUUGCGAAGAAACAACUUGACCUGUUCACUCGCGAAUGGUACAUGCACCCCAACGGACAGUUACCGGCCUAUGAGUGGAAUUUUGGCGAUGUCAACCCACCUGUCCACGCAUGGUCCGUUUUCCGGACCUUCAAGAUCGAACGCAAGAUGUAUGGGAGACAGGAUCUGGAUUUCCUCGAACGCGUUUUCCAGAAAUUACUGCUCAAUUUUACCUGGUGGGUCAACCGCAAGGAUUAUGACGGCAAGAAUGUGUUUGAAGGGGGUUUCCUGGGGCUCGACAACAUUGGUCUGUUUAACCGCUCUGAGCCUUUGCCGACAGGCGGAGUUCUGGAGCAAGCUGACAGCACAGGGUGGAUGGCAUUCUACUGCCUCUGCAUGUUGAACAUCGCUUUGGAACUUGCCAAGCACAGACGAACGUACGAGGAUAUUGCAUCGAAAUUCUUUGAACACUUUCUUCUGAUCUCAGACGCCAUGAGCUUCCGGGCCGGAGGCACAGACCAGAGUCUAUGGAACGAGGAGGACGGGUUCUACUACGACGCCAUCUCUUGGGGCGGGCCAUGGACCCAACAAAUGCGUGUACGGUCUCUCGUAGGCCUCAUUCCACUGUACGCUGUCCUGACCUUGGAGCCGGAGCUGAUCAACAAAUUUCCCAAUUUCAAGCGGAGGAUGGACUGGUUCAUUGAAAACCGCCAUGACGUUGCGGAGCGCAACAUUGCCUCGAUGCGUAAAAGAGGGAAAGAUGAGCGUCUCCUCCUAUCUCUGGUUAGCAAGGAGCGGCUAGAGAAGAUUUUGAAGAGGAUGCUCGACGAGACAGAGUUUCUCUCUGAGCAUGGGAUCCGCAGCUUGUCCAAGUAUCACAAAGACCACCCCGUGAGCAUGGAUGUCAACGGCCAACAGUUCAAGGUCAGUUACGUACCAGGUGACUCUGAUUCUGGCCUCUUUGGUGGCAACUCCAACUGGCGCGGCCCAAUCUGGAUUGCUGUGAAUUUCCUGCUUGUCGAGUCACUGUUGCGGUUCUACAUGUUCUAUGGCACGUCCCUCCAGAUUGAGUGCCCGACUGGCUCGGGCGAAUACAUGCAUCUCGGGCAUGUGGCCGAGGAGAUCCAGCAUCGGCUUCAGCAUCUCAUGGUGCGUGACAGUGAAGGCCGUCGCGCCAUUAAUGCGGGCAAUGACACGCUCGAUUUCGACCCGCACUGGAAGGACUACCUUUGGUUCUUUGAGUUCUUCGACGGUGAUAGUGGACGUGGUCUUGGUGCGAGCCAUCAAUGCGGGUGGACUGGGCUCAUGGCAAAGAUGAUUCACGACACAGGAAUCAAUUGUCGUCUACCGCAGACUCCUCGUACACCUUCUACUGCCGCCGCACACUACUUUGAUGACGUUCUUUCAAGUGGGCUUAGCCGGAAAGGUACCUUUGUUGGCACGCCCAAUCCGAUGCGGCGUUCUUCGACUUCGCGCUCGAUUGGCAACCGCAGCUCCUUUGUCUCUGUCACCAACGGCGACCACUCGAGUAGAGGCCAUGCGACACCGGCUGUUAUCCAUGAUGUGGACAGUCCGACUUCGUAUUUUGAAGGCGCCGAACCCGCGGUGACGGAUUCGGAUGCAUGGGGAAAAGAGGACAAACUGGAGAAAGAGCGGCGAAAGAGUAUUGCGGACAGUCAUUACGACAGAUACGUCAAUGAGCAGUUGACCAAGAUCAAGACGGACGAGAGCACUGCAGUGUAUGAGGAUGAGUUUGAGGCUCAGCUUGAUUAG